AUGGAGCCUGUCGCCAUAGUAGGAUACGCGCUUCGAUUUCCAGGCGGGGCAAACACGCCCUCGAAGUUCUGGGAGCUCUUGACCAGUGGCCGCGACAUUUCCCGAGAGCCAGACCCGGACAGGCUCAACCUCUCCAAGUUCCACCACCCACAGGGCGAGCACCACGGCAGCAGCAACGUCCUAAAGUCGUACUUUCUGGACCAGGACCCAUGCCUCUUCGACGCGUCCUUCUUCGGCAUCUCGCCGCUGGAAGCCGAGGCCAUGGACCCGCAGCAGCGGCUCCUCCUCGAGACGGUCUACGAGGCGGCCGAGUCGGCGGGCGAGACGCUCGACGCCCUCCGGGGGUCCCGCACGUCGGUGCACGUCGGCGUCAUGACGGCCGACUACGCCGACGUUCAGGCCCGCGACCCCGAGGACCUGAGCAAGUACACGGCGUCGGGCACGUCGCGCGCCAUGCUCGCCAACCGCGUCUCGUACGCCUUGGACCUGCGCGGCCCGUCCGUGUGCAUCGACACGGCGUGCUCGUCGUCGCUGGUGGCGCUGCACCAGGCCGUGCGCGACCUCGCGACGGCUGAAGGAGAGCCGGGCUCAGACAUGGCCAUCGUUGCCGGGUGCGGCCUCCUGCUGGACCCGCUCAUGUACAUCGUCGAGAGCAAGCUGCGCAUGCUGUCGCCCACCGGCACGUCCAAGAUGUGGGAUGCUGGCGCCGACGGCUACGCUCGCGGCGAGGGCGUGGCGGCCCUGCUGCUCAAGCCCCUGAGCAGGGCUCUGCACGAUGGCGAUCCCAUCAGGGGCGUAGUCCGCGCGACGGGCGUCAACUCGGACGGCCGCACGCCCGGCAUCACCAUGCCCAGCGCCGCAGCGCAGGCCAACUUGAUCUGGGAUACGUACCGCGCGGCUGGGUUGGAUCCGUUCAACGUGGAGGAGAGAUGUCAGUAUUUUGAGGCGCAUGGUACAGGCACACCAGCAGGAGACCCUGUCGAAGCACGAGGAAUAUUCAAGAGCUUCUUUGAUCCGGACGCAGCAAACAAAUCUCGCAGCUCGCAAGAAACCCCGCCUCCACUGCUAGUCGGGUCAGUCAAGACCAACGUAGGGCAUCUCGAGGGAUGCGCGGGCCUGGCCGGUGUCAUCAAGGUGCUCGUCGCCAUGGAGCACGAAACCAUACCGGCGAAUCUCCACCUGAAGAGACUCAACCCAGAGAUCGAGCCGCUGUCUCGUGUGCUAAAGAUACCUACAGAAUCUACGCCCUGGCCAAUGCCUGCUGCCGGCCAGCCCAAGCGUGCGAGCGUCAACAGUUUUGGCUUUGGAGGCACGAAUGCUCAUGCCAUUAUCGAGUCCUUUGAUGGUGAUGUGGAGAAGCAAGACCGUGCAACAGGCACAAGCACAAGAAACAGCCGAAACGGCAUCCUAGGCCGUGUUCAUACUUGGGAAGGGCUCGCGACGGCGGCCGCGGAGCGACCAACAGUGCCCAUAUUGUUGAGCGCGCACAGCGAGCAGGCACUCCAGCGACAAGCCAAGAACCUGCUGGAUUUUCUGCGCGAGAACCUGGAAGUGGAGCAGAGGGACCUUGCCUGGACGCUCCUCGCACGACGCAGCGAGCUUGGCGUCCGCAUGGCCAUCCCGGCGGCAGGGUCGCGAGCGGACCUGGAGCAGAGGCUGCAAGAACGAUUAUCGAAAGCAGCAGCAGGCGGGAAGAGCGCCAGGCUCGGUCAGCCCGCAAAGGCCCUCGUGUCGCCGGGCGAAGGCGUCGGGAUCCUGGGCAUCUUCACGGGGCAGGGCGCGCAGUGGGCGGGCAUGGGGAGGGAGCUGAUGCUGCACAACGGCACGUUCAGGCAGGCCAUCUCGCGCUGCCAAGACGCGCUCGCCACGCUCCCCGUUGUGACGGACAGGCCCAGCUGGUCGUUGGGAGAGGAGCUGUCGGGGGAUGAGAAGCAGAGCCGCAUAUCCGAGGCCGAGUUUGCGCAGCCGUGCACUACUGCUAUCGAGAUUGCUCUGGUCGACGUCCUGGUUGCGCAUGGUGUCCGAUUCAGCGCCGUUGUGGGCCACUCCUCGGGCGAGAUCGCAGCCUGCUACGCAGCCGGGAUCCUGUCGCUGCAAGACGCCAUCCGCAUCGCCUACUACAGGGGCAAGCACGCCCACCUCGCGCGCGCAAACGGGGCCAUGCUGGCCGUGGGCCUGGGCUGGGAAGCCGCAGAGGAGCAGAUCACGGGGGAGGCGCGGUUCCGUGGGCGUCUGUGGCUGGCGGCCAUGAACUCGCCGUCCAGCGUCACCAUCUCGGGCGAUGCCGAUGCGGUGGAGGAGGCGCACGCGGAGCUGCAGCAGAGGGGAGUCUUUUCGAGGCUGUUGAGGACGGGAAAGGCGUAUCACUCACCGCUCAUGGAGCCGUCGUCCAAGCCGUAUUUCAAGUCAAUGAGGGCUUGUGGUAUCAAGCCCCUGAGACCGAAAAGUCGCAACCCCUGCAUUUGGGUCUCGAGCGUGACGGGGAACGCGGAUCUGUUUUGGGAUGAGGAAUUUGAUGGGUUGGCUACCGGCCAGUACUGGGUUGACAACAUGGUGCAGCCGGUGCUGUUUGCGGAUGCUGUCACCGCUGCUUUGACCAACGGAGGCCCGUUUGAUGCUGCCAUUGAGGUUGGCCCCCACCCGGCGCUCAAGGGGCCAGUAGGGCAGACGGUACAGCAGCACCUGAAGCGGUCAAUCCCAUACUGCGGCUCCAUGAACCGCGGUGCGGACUGCGUGGACUCCUUGUCUGACGCCCUGGGCUUCCUCUGGUGCAACUUUGGCAGCAGUGCCAUCAGCCACCCCGAAGACCCUCGCAGGCCCCGGCCACGCAUGGUAAAGGAUCUGCCGUCGUACUCGUGGGACCACUCGAAGCCCAUCUGGCGCGAGUCCCGCGUCUCGCGGAACCACCGGCUGCGGCACCAGGAGCGCAGCUUUUUGCUCGGCCGCCGCUGCCCGGACGACAGCGACGCAGAACCGCGCUGGAGGAACAUGCUGAGCCUCGCCGAGCUGCCGUGGCUCCGAGGUCAUGCGUUCGAGGGCGAGGCUUUGUACCCGGCGGCGGCCUACAUCGUCAUGCUCCUCGAGGUUGCCCAGUUCCUGGCUGCCGGGAGGGAGGUGGCGUUUGUCGAGUUGUCCGACAUGAGCUUCAAUCGCACCCUUGCGAUACCGGAAGGAGGUCGGGCAGUUGAGAUUAUCACCUCUGCCAAGGUCGAGGAGAGCGGCGGGCUGAAGGAUAGAAUCAGGGCUUCUGUCGGUUUCAGCGUGUGCCAGGAUCCGGCUUCGGGGACUGUAGAUGUCAACAUGUGCACAGGGUCGGUCGAGGUCUUCUUCUUAGGUCCAGAUCAGAUGCCUGAAGAUUUCUUCACGCCGAGAGUGGCCCCCUCCAACACAAAGACUCGUGUUAAUGUUGACGAGCUGUAUUCCAUGCUCGACAGCUCCGGCAUAGAGUAUCGGGGUGUGUUCCGCGGCCUCGUGUCGCUGACCCGGAGCACAGGCUUGGCUACUGCGACGGCAUCUUGGAAGUCCGAGGAUGUCGACUGCGGGGUCGGACUAGUGCAUCCGGGUCUGAUUGAUACUUGCAUCCACCCCAUAGUGGCUGCCUUUGCCACGCCGGAAAUGGGCAGGGUCAAGUCGGCGUACCUGCCACAGAAGCUCAAACGCCUCAUCUUCAAUCCCAAAAUCAAAGUAUUGCCCAGCAACAAUGGGCAGAACAAAGACGAAGCCAGAGUCGUUGUGGAUGCAUUUGUCACCGACGCGAAACCAUCGCUGCUGGUGGGUGACUUUGGCAUCUACUUGGCCGACGAGAAACAACAAUCAAUGCCGUUGGUGCAGGUCGAAGGUCUUUCCAUGACGACCCUCGGAAGACCAGACCCCAGCGACGAUCGAUUACUUUUCUGCCAGACCAUCUGGAAGCCAGAUCUGCUCAGCAGUAGCGACUCGAACAGCUUGACUGCCAGCUACGAUCCUUCCCAACAUGACAAGAUCUUGGACGGCGAGCGAGUCUCGCUGUUUAUCUGUCGUAAAAUAGUCGAAGCGGCCGAAAGGGUUGGGAUCGACAGGCUCAAAAGGCAUGAGCAGAUGCUGGUGGCGUAUGCCCAAGAAACAGUGACAAAGGCACGCCGGGGUGAGCAGUGGUCCUCGGCUACACCACUCUUUGAUGUUCCGACCGAGGCAGGCACCCCAUGCCCGUGGUUGGACGACGACGAAACCACCAUCAAGUCCAUCUUUGAAAAGCACAGCAGCCAGGUCGACUUUGCGCUCCUUCGCGCAGUACGAGACGAGAUGGAGCUCGUCUUCAAAAACCAAAAGCAAAUGCUCGAGGUCCUCUUCGCCGACAACAUGCUGGGCAGAUAUUACGUCGAGGGCCUGGGCCUCUGCAACGCACAGCGCCAAGUGGCCCGCUACCUCGAGACCAUCUCGCACCGCCACCCGCACGCCGACAUCAUCGAGCUGGGCGCCGGCGUGGGCGCCACCACCCGAGCCAUCCUCGACGCCGUCGGCCCAGACGGCUACGGCACCUACACCUUCACGGACGUGUCGGCGGGCUUCUUCCCGCAGGCCAAGGAGCGCUUUACCGCGGAGCACCGCGAGGGCCGCAUGGCCUUCUCCAAGCUCGACGUCACGUUGGACCCGCAGGAGCAAGGCUUCGAGCGCGGCGCGUACGACGUAGUGGUGGCGGCCAACGUGCUGCACAUCGCGCCCGACGUCGAGGCGGCGCUGCGCCGCGUCCGCACCCUUCUCAGGCCCGGCGGCUUCCUCGUGGUCGUGGAGCCGACCAGCGGCAUGGUGCAGGGCCAGCUCAUCCUCGGCGGGCUGGAGGGCUGGUGGCUGGCCGCUGACGGUUGCAGGACCCUGGGCCCUCAGCUUUCGGUCGAUUUGUGGGACGUCAAGCUGUGGGAGACGGGAUUCUCGGGCGUCGAGGUCGUGCGCCACGACCAGCCCGACGAAAGGCUACGCAUGUGCUCCUCAUUUGUCAGCCAGGCCUUGUCGGAUGCCGUGUCCUGCCUGCGCCAGCCCUUGGCGCAUGCGCAUCUGCUCCCGGCGGACAGCCUGUUUGUUUUGGUUGGCGGCGCCACCAUGACCACUUCGCGAGUGGUGCGUCAGGUGGAAACCCAGUUGGCGGCAUGUGGCGCUUCUGUGUUCAAAGUAAGUGACGUCGGCAGCCUUGACGACGCAGCCAUCCCUAAUGGAUGCUCGAUCCUCUACCUUGGCGAGCUGGACCAUUCUGUAUUGCGCGCCGGCGCCCAGCAAAUCAACCCUACCGUGUUGAAGGGGCUACAGAUCAUGUUUGGCAAGGCCAGCUCCAUCCUUUUCAUGACGCAGGGCGCCGGCCAGAAGAAUCCUUCCUCAAACAUGCUCGUCGGCCUCUGCCGUACGAUACGCAGCGAGAUGCGCUCGCUGCGGCUGCAGGUUUUGGACUUGGAGGACGACUCGAUCAAGUUGGAGACGGCCAUGGUCCUCGAGCAUUUCCUCCGCUUCGUCAUGUCGACUGGCCUUGGAGACCAGGAUGUCUUGUUUACCGACGAGAGGGAGCUGCUCCUCAAGAAGGAUGGUAUACUGUACAUCCCCCGGGUUCGUCCGUAUCAGGAGCUGAACGACCGCGUCAACAGCUCGCGGCGACACAUAUGGGCGCACGUCAACGCUGAUGACCAUGUCCUGGAGCUGCUGCUGCGUGAGCCCACGGCAAAUGGGAAUAUGGCCAAUACGUUGGGAUACGAGCUUGUAUCAACACCGAGGACGAGAAUCCGCGGCUCUGGGGAAGGCGAUGAAGACUUGACAAUGAUUCAUGUUAGAUAUUCGACACUCAUCCCCGUUCCAAACAGACAGCGUAUGGCUCAACGGCCGGUGUAUCUCUGCUUCGGAAUGAUCAAGGGGGGUGCCAAGGGGCUCGAACGACCAGUUUUGGCAUUAUCCAACUCUAACAAGUCUAUCAUCUGCACCUGCGAUAGCCAGGAAGUUCACUUUACCCCGCCAGAGAUCAACGUGAGCUCUACUACAUUUGCCUUGACUGCCCUGGUCCUGGCUGUUCGGGCUUGGGUGCGCAACGUGCCGGCGGGGUCGACUAUAUGGGUGCACGGAGACGUAAAUGACACAACCUUGGCAGUUUUAGAGGUGGAAGCCGGGAAAACAAGCGUCAAGAUAUUCUGGACGAGCUCUGCCUGGGAGAAAAAGAGCAUAUCUAGGUCCGGGCGGACACCGGUUUUGAUACACCGCAACAUGCCAUUCAAACAGCUGAGGGCCACAGUACCUCGGGACAUUUCUGCAAUAAUUACAACAGGCUCUUCAAGGGUCGACGAGGUCUCCUCGGCUCAGGAAGCUCUUGGUCUCGAAGACAUACUCGGUAGGAACUUGUUCAAUCCUCCACCCAACUACUUAACCAGCUUGACGUCUCAAGGCCGAACGGACUCUCAGAUGGCUAGAGAGCUCGAGGAAGCUUUCAGUAUAUCAGUCAAUCUGGGCACUGGAGAACCAUUUUCAUGCUCAGCAGCAAUACCCGUGGGAGACAUCUCAGCUGCAAGUAUCAGCAACUUGCCCGCUGGGGUGUCCAACAAUCUUGUCGUGGCUGAUUGGUCAGCUUCUGCCACAAUCCGUGCCAAGAUCCAACCCAUCGAUGCAAGCCAGCUGUUCAGACCCGACAGGACGUAUUUCCUGGUCGGGCUGACGCGCGAUCUGGGCAGGUCGAUCUGCGAAUGGAUGUCCCAGCAGGGGGCACGCCAUAUCGCCCUGGCCAGCCGCAACCCGCAGGUUCCGCAGGACUGGCUGGACUCGAUGAAGGCAGCCGGCGUGGCAAUCAAGGUCUUCUCGAUGGACGUGACGGACUACAGGGCGGUGCGGAUGACGGUCUCGAAGAUCCAAGACACCAUGCCGUCCGUGGCGGGCGUCUUCAACGGCUCCAUGCUGCUGACUAACAAGCUCUUUGCCAACCUCGAAGCCGCCGAGGCAAUGACGGGCAUCCGUCCCAAAGUCAACGGCAGCCUCAACCUCGAGCGCGCAUUCGCCUCGCAGGAGGGCACGCCGGGCGGGCAGCUCGACUUCUUUCUCCUUUUCUCGUCCUCGGGAAGCGUCGUCGGCUUGCCCGGCCAGACGGACUACCACAUGGCCAACCUGUUCAUGGGCGCCAUGGCGGCCAACCGUCGGGCCAGGGGCCUGGCUGCUUCCGUCAUCGACAUUGGCAUCCUGAUGGAGGUCGGCUACGUGACUCGCCAGGACUCCACCAUGCUGCGCAAUCUCAAGUCCAUGCAGAUGAACCAGAACUGGGAGGACGAGGUCCCCGUCAUGCUCGCCGAGGCCAUAGUGGCCGGCCACCCCGAGUCCAACCGCCCACAGGAGCUGAUCACCGGGUUGACCAUCAGCGACGACGAGACCGACAGGCCGUUUUGGGCCGCCGAGCCACGUUUCGCCUUUUGCGUCAGGGAUCAGCGACGCCGCUUCGCCGCCGCCGACGACGAUGGAGAUGGUGCUGGUGCUGGUGCUGGUGCUGGUGCAGGCGGCCCCUCGGACUCUCCAAUGGAGCGGCUGCGCGCAACCAUGGCGGCCGUGGCAGCAUCCAGAGGAGGCGAUGGCGAGUACGGGGUUGCAGAGCUCACGGUGGCGAUAAGAGACGCGCUCGCGCAAAAGAUGGAAAAGAUGCUCCAGGUCCAGCCUGGGUCGCUGGACAUGGCGUCGCCCAUCGUCGGGCUCGGCGUCGAUUCGCUCCUGGCCAUGGAGGUGCGCCAGUGGGUGCAGAAGACAACCGGGGCGGACAUGUCGGUGCUAAAGAUCCUCGGCGGUGCCACGGGGGACAUGAUCGCCGCUGCUGCUGCCGAAGCGGCCAUGGUGACCCUGAAGGAUGCGCCACCUUUACCGGCGGCAAAGACUGUUGUCGCAAAGGCUGUCGUUGCCAAGACUGCUGCCGGAAGUGGUGCGAACUCGAUCGUCACUGCUGGCUUGUCGAAACCCAAGCCGCCCAGGUCUGCUCGCGACAUAUCGCCUUCGACCAAGUCGGGCGGUGACAGCGACACAAGAUCGCCCGUCUUGAAAGGGGCGUGGGAUGAUGAGCACACCCCCGAGACCACACCAACUUCACCCAGGUCGUCUAUAGGUUCCAAGCCAGAAGCGCCCGUGCCUGCGUCUUUAGGAGGAGCAUCAGUCGCGCGGAAGGCCCCCUUGUCGUUCAACCAGGAACGUCUUUGGUUCCUCCAGCAGCUCCUACGGGAUCCAUGCACAUACAACGAGACGGCCAUGUACAGGCUCAAGGGUCCCGUUGAUGCCAGGAGGCUCGAGGAUGCGUUCUAUCAGGUGGUAGCCCGUCACGAAAUCUUCCGCACGCGCUAUCAGAAUGAUGCGGUCACGGGGACUCCAUUGCAACAGGUUCUGGCAGCCCCUCAUCACAUGGAGCAUGCCUCGCGGGCAUUCAGGUGGGUGGAUGCUAGAGGUACGAAAGAGGAGCAGGAGCAGUCAAGGGUCAUCGAGACCGAGUUCGGCGCGAUGCGCAACAAAAAAUGGAAACUCUCGAGAGGAGAAUCCGUCGGAGUCACUCUGAUUUCACUUCCCUCGACCGCAUCGUCUUCUUCAACCAAGGCAGAAGAGCAUAUCCUCAUACUCGGCGCCCAUCACAUUGCGGUUGACGGAAUGACCUGGAUCAUAUUCUUCCGGGAUCUCGACAAGGCAUACGUCGCCGGCCACCUCGAACCAUCGUCGGGGCUGCAGUAUGCCGACUUUGCCAUGCAGCAGCGCAGCAAGACGCCGGCGGACCACGGCGCCGACAUUGAAUUCUGGUCUGCAGAGCUGGCGGGGCUGCCAAACGAGCCCAUUCCGCUGUUCCCACAAGCAAAGACGACCGAGCGCGCCCCCAUGGAACACUGCGGCAGCGUGACGGCGUCGAGACGACUCGACGCCGCCGCCGCCUCGGAUAUCAAGCGCACCAGCGCCCGCCUCCACAUGACGGCGUUUGGUCUGCACAUGGCCGUGCUGGCAGCCCUGGUCUCGCACCUCUCGAGCACGUCGGACCUCUGCAUCGGGUUCUGCGACGGCGGCAGGCCCGACGGCUUCGCCGAAACCGCCGGCUUCUUCGUCAACAUGCUGCCCGUGCGGCUCUCGACGAGCAGGCACGGCAGCUUUGUCGACCUCGCCCGCCACACCUUCUCCAAGCUCAUGGACACCAUGACGCACUCGUCGCCGUCGUUGGAGGCGCUCCUCGACGCGCUCGCCGUACCGCGCUCCACGACUCACACGCCGCUGUUCCAGGUCGUACUGAACUACCGUCUGGACGUGCUGGCGCACUCUACCGUCGGGGGCGGGCGUCUCGAGUUUUUCAAGGCCCGCGGCUCGCGGAACCCGUACGAUCUGAUGCUCAACGUGACCGACUCGCCCGAUGCAACCUGCCACCUGGACCUGGCCAUGCAGGACACCCUGUACGGCCCCGAGGCUGCCGAGUCGAUCCUGGAGAUGUACCGCGCCCUGAUGGCAGGCGUGUGUCGCGACGGCCAGGCAAAGCUGGCCGACUUGAUCUCGUCCUCGCUGGGGGCGGCGGGGCUGCCAACCACUGCAGUGGCCACCCGCGCGUGCGAGACCGAGGACGGUGCUGUAAGUGGUCAGACUACUCCGGUUUGGCACGAGAUCGAACAGGCUUCGGCGCGACACGGUAAUUUUACAGCAAUCCACGAUGUGGGUCAUGAUCGAACCCUCAGCUUGAACGAUCUGACGGCUAUGGCAUCGUCUAUGGCGACAGCUUUGCAGCAAUCAUGCGCUUCGAGGGGCGUCGAGACGUGCGGCGAGUUCUGCGCUCUACUGCUUGAGCCUUCGGCCGACUACGUAGCAGCUCUGUUGGCAGUGUUUAAACUCUCAGCGGCGGCAUUCCCGUUGGAUACGACAAAUCACAGAGAGAGACUUGCGUUAAUGGCAAAGGACUGCAAGCCGUCCGUCUGGCUCUAUCACAGCCGGACCAAGGAUCUCGCAGAAUGGCUUAUAAAUACGUGCAGAGAACGUGAUUGUGUCGCGGUGGAUGUUGCGGAACUACUAUCAUGCACAAACGGCCACAAAGGGGUACCAGCGAAGCCAGUCUCUACGUCGGCCAACCUACCCGCACUCAUGUUGUGCACCAGCGGGUCGACCGGCACGCCCAAGGGAGUCCUGAUGACGCAAAACAACCUGUGUUCUAUAAUCACCUCGGCAAACGCCGUGACCAACUACCAGUCACCACCGGUGGUCCUCCAGCAGUCGUCCAUCGGCUUCGACUUGUCGAUAAUGCAAAUCUUCUCGGCUCUGUUCAGCGGCGGCAGCCUCGUCAUCUGCCCGCAGGAGCACCGCCGGGACCCGGUGGAGAUAGCCAGGCUGAUUCGCCGGUUCGGCGUCACCACCAUGAUGGCCACCCCGACCGAGUGGAGCCUGCUGCUCGGCCAAGCGGACGAGGUGGCGAGGUGCCGCAGCCUGCACACGGCCAUGGCGGGCGGCGAGAUGGUCACCGGCCGUUUCGCGGCGGCCUUCCGUCGUCUCGAGAGGGCGCGCGGCGGGAAGAGGAUGGAGCUUUUCAACGUUUAUGGUCCCACCGAGACGUGCAUACUGGCCACCCUGGGUCGGAUCGAGUACUGGCUUGGUGAGGAUGUCGAGCAGCCGGGAAAGGCACUGGCCGUGGGACCGCCGGUGGAUGGCGUUCGUAUCCACGUGCUGGGUCUGGAUGGGAACGAGGUCCCCUUCGGAGCCGAGGGCGAGGUCUACAUCGGUGGUAUCGGGGUCGGGCUGGGAUAUUUGAACAAGCCGGAUCUCACCGACGCCGCAUUCCUGCCCGAGCCGGCUGCCUUCAACUUCCGAGUCGAGGUCGGAUCUGCACAGCCCAAGAGGAUGUACCGUACACGAGACAAGGGUUACUGGCUCCCGAACGGGUCCUUGAUGGUAUGCGGCCGCAUCGACGGCGAUACCCAGGUCAAGAUACGCGGGAUUCGCAUCGAGCUGGACGAAGUGGCAUCGGCAAUAUCCAAGGAAGCCGACGGGCUGGUCUCGCACGCCGUCGCCACUGUCCGCGGUGAGGGGCAUGACAAGACCAUCGUGGCCUUCGUCGUGCCAUCGCCCCGCCUCUCACCCGCCGACGCGCCCAGGUUCCUGGCGGAGCUGCCCGCAAGACUGCCACUGCCCGAGUACAUGCGGCCGGCCGUCGUGGUGCCGCUCGAAAAGCUCCCGCUCAACGCCAGCGGGAAGCUCGACAUGGCGGCUCUGGCCAAGGUGCCCUUACCCGAGCAUCUUCAUGCCCGCGGAGCACGCCCUGACCUGCGAGAGACCAAAGUCGCAGCAGCCCCAGCCCCUGAUAAGGUGCACGAGAUACCCUCCUCGGAGCUCUCCUACCUCGAACUGGAGCUGCUCUCGACGUGGACGAUGGUGCUGCCCAGCCUCGGUAAGCAGUUGCUCAACAACACCAACAAGCACCACGGGCUGGAUUUCUUCAGGGUCGGCGGCAGCUCCAUCACGCUCGUGACCCUGCGCGACGCCAUCCAGCGGCGCUUCCGUGCCCGACUGCCCCUGCUGCCGCUGUUUGAGAACAGCACCGUCGACUCCAUGGCGGCCAUGGUCAGGAAGCAGAUGGAGGAGCAGUGCGGCGCGCACUGGGAGUUCUGGGACAGGGAGACGCGCUUCGACCCGGCAAUGCUGCCGCUGCCACCGCCGCCGGCCUUGUCGUCCCUCGGAUUGGAAAAGCAGACGACAUGGCACCCCUAUGGCGCAGGAAUCCUCUUGACGGGUGCCACGACGCCCCUCGGCCGACGGCUGCUGCAGCGGUUCCUUGCCCGGCCCGAGGCGGUACGCAGCGUCUACUGCAUCGCGCUCUCGCCGGACCAGCAGAGCGAGUUACGGAGCGAGCCGUGGGUGGCCGAGGCCGAGCACGCCGGCCGCGUGGAGCUUCAGCCGGGAGACCUCUACCACGCAACGCUGGGCCUCUCGCCGACCGACGUCCAGCGCCUGCGCGCCUCGGCCGACGUCAUGGUCCACGCGGGCUCCGAGGGCUCCUGCCUGAACAGCUACGUGUCCAUCACGGAGCCGAACCUCGACUCGACCAGGUUCCUGGCCACGUCGCUGGGCAUCACCCCGAGCGGCGCCGUCAAGCCGCUGCACCUCGUGUCGAGCGCGCGCGUCGUCCUGUUCAGCGGCCGCAACGAGCACGGCGCCUCGUCCGUCUCGCACCACCUCCCGCCCUUGCCCGAUAACGACGACGACGACAAUAACAACAACAGCAGCAGGGAGGGCUUCACGGCGACCAAGUGGGCGGCGGAGCGGCUGCUGGAGAAUUUCGCCCACGCGGCUGCGGCCCGCGGCGGAGGCGUCGGGCCGGUCGCCAUCCACCGGACCGGGUACCUGAUCGCGGACGACGCGGGAGAGAUGGACGCCGUCAACAUGAUCCGCAAGCACUCGGCCGUGCUCGGGGCCGUGCCGUCGAUGGAGCGGUUCGAAGGGUGGCUGGACAUGUCGGACAUUGAAUGGGUCGCGGACCAGGUAGCGCGUGACGUGCUCGAGGCUCCCGAGGCGGGCGACGACGAUGGGAGGCCGGUGGUGCGCUACCUUCACCACACCCAGGGGAACGCGGUGCCCGUGCUUGGUCUCCAGAGGUACAUGGAGGACGCGUUUGGGCAGACGUUUGAGACGGUUUCCAUGGUGGAGUGGACGCGCAGGGCUGUCAAGGUUGGGUUGAGUCCGUUCAUGGCUAGCUUCUUGUGUGCAGUCUGUGAGAGGGAGGGCAAGGCGCGAUAUCCUAGAUUGUUGGUGGGGACUGAAGAAGAUGACGAGGAUAUGUAA